AGCAGCCACACUCACCCAGGGGAGAGAUGCUCACCCUGCUCCCGCGGGGACAGGGUAUUCCCAGGGACCCUCAGGGUGCCCGGUGCCCCUGCAUGCCCUUGGCUUUGCUCUCACCUCCAGAUGCUGAAGAGACCCCGGACUACUGGAACGAAGGGGCCAGGAGGAGGCUGGAGUCAGCCCUGGCCUUGCAGCCACUGGCACAGCGAGCCAAAAACAUCAUCCUCUUCAUGGGCGACGGUGAGUCCCACACGUCCCAGCCGCGCCCCACUGCUCCACAGCAGCCAAGGGACAUGGCUGGUGAGAAGGUGGGGCUGGUGCAGGUCCCCUCCUCUCCGACUGGCCCCAGGCAAUGCCUGGGGAGAGCAGAAAAAUCUCUGAUGCCGACCCCUUGCCCACCCUAUGGCUCUGCCCUGCCUGCAGGUAUGGGGCUGUCCACAGUGUCGGCUGCUCGCAUCUACAAGGGGCAACUGGCUGGUGGCUCAGGUGAGGAGAGUGUCUUGGCCAUGGAGACUUUUCCCCACAUGGCCCUGGCCAAGACCUACACCAUUGACCGGCAAGUGCCUGACAGCGCUGGCACGGGCACAGCCUACCUCUGCGGGGUGAAGGCCAACGCCAAGACGCUGGGGCUGAGUGGGGCGGCCGUCUAUGGCAAAUGCCGCACCACCUUUGGCAACGAGGUGGACUCGAUCUUGCACAGGGCCAGGCUGGCAGGCAAGUCGGUGGGCAUCGUGACAACCACGCGGGUGCAGCAUGCAUCCCCUGGUGCAGCCUAUGCCCACUCAGCCAGCCGGAGCUGGUAUGCUGACACCAACAUGCCCAAGGAGGCAUUGCGGGACGGCUGUAAGGACAUUGCCUAUCAGCUGGUGCACAACACGGACAUCAAUGUGAUCCUGGGUGGCGGGCGGAUGUACAUGACCCCCAAGAAGACUCCAGACCCCGAGUACCCAGAGGACCUGUCCCAGAAUGGUAUCAGAAAGGAUGGCCUGGACUUAAUUGCCGAAUGGCUGAGUGCCAAGCAGGGCGCCCGCUAUGUCUGGGAUAAGAAGGGCCUGGACGCGGUCGAGGAUGACUCUGUGAGCCACCUGAUGGGCCUCUUUGAGCCCAAGGACAUGCAGUACGAGCUGAACCGCAACGCCUCCACAGACCCCUCCAUCGUGGAGAUGACGGAAAAGGCCAUUCGCAUCCUGCGCAGGAACCCCAACGGCUUCUUCCUCUUUGUGGAAGGCGGCAGGAUCGACCACGGCCACCACAGCGGCCGGGCCAAGCAGGCGCUGAUGGAGGCUGUCAUGCUGGACCGGGCGGUGGCGCGGGCGGGCGAGCUCACCUCCCCCGCUGACACCUUGACCGUGGUGACGGCCGAUCACUCCCACGUCUUCACCUUUGGGGGCAACACACUGCGUGGCACGUCCAUCUUCGGGCUGGCCCCCAAGAAAGCCAAGGACAAGCGGGCAUACACCAGCAUCCUCUAUGGCAAUGGUCCCGGCUACAGUAUCCGUGAUGGGGGCCGCCCGGCUGCCAGCCUCCCCGCUGCAGAGGACAAGGACUACAGGCAGCAGGCAGCGGUGCCCCUGGAGACGGAGACCCAUAGUGGGGAGGACGUGGUGGUGCUGGCCCAGGGCCCCAUGUCCCACCUCUUCCACGGGGUGCAGGAGCAGCACUACAUCGCUCACGCCAUGGCCUACGCCGCCUGCCUCGAGCCAUAUGCCGCCGGCCCCCAGUGCGGGGCAGCCCGCAGGGCCUCUUAUGGCACCCAGUGCUCCCCACAGCCCCUGCUCGCCCUCCUGGCCCUCUGUGUGGCUGCCCACGUGGUGGGGGGCUGAAUGCCCCUGGCCAAGCCCCACUUCUAUCCAGGCUGCCCUGCCAUCCCCAGCUGCCACAUCAAGGGUCUUGGCAGCCAGGUCCACUGUGGCCAGGAUCAAGGGAUGAAAUAAAGCAUAGGUUGUUUGUCUUCA